AUGCCAUUGGAGAUGGAGCCCAAAGCCAACAAUCUCGUUUUCGGAUGCCAGCGAAGCUCAACAUCUGAUGAUGACUCUGGCUGCGCCUUGGAAGAAUACGCCUGGGUCCCCCCAGGCCUCAGACCAGAGCAGGUCCAGCUGUAUUUUGCCUGCUUGCCGGAGGAGAAGGUCCCUUACGUUAACAGCCCUGGAGAGAAACACCGAAUUAAACAACUGCUCUACCAGCUGCCACCCCACGAUAAUGAGGUGAGAUACUGCCAGUCUUUAAGUGAAGAAGAAAAGAAGGAAUUGCAGAUGUUCAGUUCUCAGCGCAAAAAGGAGGCACUUGGCCGAGGCACCAUUAAACUACUCUCAAGAGCAGUGAUGCAUGCGGUUUGCGAACAGUGUGGUAUGAAAGUAAACGGCGGUGAAGUUGCGGUUUUUGCCUCGAGAGCUGGGCCUGGUGUGUGCUGGCAUCCCUCGUGUUUUGUGUGCUUCACGUGUAAUGAGCUACUCGUUGACCUUAUCUACUUCUACCAAGAUGGAAAAAUUCACUGUGGCAGACACCACGCUGAACUUCUCAAACCUCGAUGUUCAGCCUGUGAUGAGAUCAUUUUUGCUGAUGAGUGUACAGAAGCUGAGGGUCGCCACUGGCACAUGAAGCACUUCUGUUGCCUCGAGUGUGAAACAAUCCUGGGUGGACAGAGAUACAUCAUGAAGGAUGGGCGACCAUUCUGCUGUAACUGUUUUGAAUCUCUUUACGCAGAAUACUGUGAGACCUGUGGGGAACACAUUGGUGUUGACCAUGCUCAGAUGACCUAUGACGGACAGCACUGGCAUGCCACAGAGACUUGCUUUUCUUGUGCUCAGUGCAAGACAUCUUUGCUUGGCUGCCCUUUCCUUCCAAAGCAAGGACAGAUUUACUGUUCAAAAACCUGCAGCUUGGGCGAGGAUGUUCAUGCCUCCGACUCUUCUGAUUCUGCAUUUCAGUCUGCUCGAUCCAGAGAUUCCAGGAGGAGUGUUCGUAUGGGAAAAAGCAGCCGGUCAGCUGACCAGUGUCGCCAGUCUCUCCUCCUGUCGCCGGCUCUCAAUUACAAAUUUCCUGGCCUUUCAGGCAAUGCUGAUGAUACUCUUUCUCGUAAGCUGGAUGACUUAAGCCUUUCAAGGGAAGAGGCAAGCUUUGUUAAUGAAGAUUUCUGGAAAGGAAGAGUAGAACAAGAAAUGCCUGAAGACCCUGAAGAAUGGGCUGAACAUGAAGACUACAUGACUCAACUUCUUCUGAAGUUUGGUGAUAAAAGCCUCUUCCAGCAGCCCGCUGAAGUGGACAUUAGAUCAAGUGAACACUGGAUUUCUGAUAGCAUGGUCAAGAGCAAAUUGGACUUGAAAAAAAAUAAUCCAAGCCUAGCAAGUAAGAAGUAUCAAUCAGACAUGUACUGGGCCCAGUCACAAGACGGCUUGGGUGACUCUGCCUAUGGCAGCCACCCAGGCCCUGCCAGCAGCAGGAAAAUCCAGGAGCUAGACAUGGAACAUGGGGCAUCAGGAUACAAACACGACCAGACACCAUGGUAUGGAGGUUCACUUGAAUGUUUGUCUGACCUGAAACAGCAAGAACAAAGUGUUCGGGACUCAAUGGAUUCUUUGGCUUUGUCUAACAUAACAGGGGCUUCAAUGGAUGGAGAAGGCAAGCCACGGCCAUCUCUCUAUUCUUUGCAAACUUUCCAAGAACUGGAGGUAGAGGACUGUGAGAAAAUGAGCAACAUGGGAACUCUGAAUUCUUCAAUGCUCCACCGGAGCACAGAGUCCUUGAAAAGUCUGAGCUCAGAGUUGUGUCAGGAAAAGGUCUUACCAGAGGAGAAGCCAGUGCACAUGCCGGUACUGAGAAGGUCUAAAUCCCAGUCUAGACCACAGCAAGUGAAGUUUUCAGAUGAUGUUAUUGAUAAUGGAAGUUAUGAGAAUGUUGAAAUACGUCAGCCUCCAAUGAGUGAAAGGACUCGUAGGCGUGUUUACCAUUUUGAAGAGCGUGGAAAUCGGCCUUCUCAUCAUCGUAGAAGAAGUAGGAAGUCUCGUUCAGAUAACGCACUUAACUUGGCUGCGGAAAGAAGAUGCUCUCCAAGAGAGAGAUUUCGUUAUUACUCCCCUCAGGAUCACGAAAAAUUUAUUCAAAGUAGAAGCUCACGUGAGAUUCGGGCAUAUAUUCAAAAUGCGGAGCUGUAUGGACAAUAUGCCCAUACUAGGUCUGAUUAUGCACUGCGGAACCAGGUGGUUGAUAAAUUUUUUGGAUUGUAUGGUGAGGAAGAUGACUCCUGGUGUUCAACUUCAUCCUCAUCAUCUGAUUCUGAAGAGGAAGGAUAUUUCCUAGGACAGCCAAUUCCACAGCCACGAUCACUCAGAUAUCCAUACUACACAGAUGACCUUUCUGGUCCAACUACUGCGUUAUCUAGCUCUCAGUUUGGGCAAAGGACAACCAAAUCAAAGAAGAAGAGGGGACACAAAGGAAAAAAUUGCAUCAUUUCUUAA